AUGGAUGACUCACAAACUUCACAUCCGCAAUCAGAGCCCUCGGUGCCUGCUCCAACUACAAUUGAGACCGAAAAUGUACGAUCUCCCAUGUCGCCCACUCGUGGCAGGCGGAGAGCAACAACAGCUGUAUCACCCACAGGAGGAACAUCGGCUAUGAGAGAGUUAUUUUCAGACAGGGCAAGCCUGCGUCAGCGAAAGUCGACAGCUACUCGGCGUACCGGCGAUCCUAUACCCAGUCUCACCCGUCGGACAACUCUCGCUGAAAGAACGCAGGGAAACUUUACGAUGGCCGGACCAGACGAGACAUCCCAGUUGCACCUGACGCAUCAACCGUUCGUUCAGCCUGGUUAUGCUGAACUCAAUCCUUCUUAUGAACAGCCUGCCAAUACAAAACCGGUUUGGAGUCUGGCAAAGCCUCUUCCGCGUGUGGUCCGACCUGGCAUGGUGCCUACGACAGAAGAAUUACUGCAGAAUCGUGCGAGUCCACAGCUCCCGGCAGAAAAUUCGCAAAGAAUUGGACUAGAUGUUGAUCCCAAUGAUCUCGAAAAGGGUCAAAUACCCAAAACGGCCGACCCGCGCAAGAUGGCCGCGCAGGUCACAGACGCCCGCGCACAGCGAGAGACCAACUUCAUAAACACCGUUUUGAACGGCGAUACAACCUCUGUAGGUGGAUCACGUAUAUCACGUCAAUCAUCUCGUGCAAGGCGUCCUUCGCGAUGGGAAGGCCCCGUUGAAGAGCUGCCCAUAGUCGAGGAGCGCGAGUCUCAAAAAUAUUCAUCAGAAAGCCGUACGGAGAAUGUAAGUGUUGAUUCUCUGCAUUCCUUGCCACCUCCUUUACCGGAAGAGUCCGGACUGGAACCUCAUCUAGAUGAUGAUGUCAAACCAGGCGAUGAGACUGCCGGGAUCAACAACAUCCCAGCCCUCGAAGAAGCAGCGUACCCAGAGGACCUCCACCCAUUAUUGCAGAACCUGGUGGAAGAAGAAAUCCACAACAACCACACGGUCUGGUCAGUGAUCCGCACCCACCACCGCGAAGCACUAGCGGAAUCCUUGGGGGUGUUUGUGCAGCUUACCCUCGGGUUCUGCGGUGAUCUCGGGGUCACACUGGCUGCAGCUGGUAAUCCCAACACGACCGACUGGGUAUGGGGUUUCGCCACAAUGGCGGCCAUUUAUGUCUGUGGUGGUAUUUCAGGUGCCCAUCUUAAUCCCAGCAUUACGAUCAUGCUGUGGUUCUACCGUGGAUUCCCGAAGCGGAAGAUGCCAGAGUACUUUCUGGCGCAGUUCGUGGGCGCGUUUUGUGCUGCGCUCGCUGCUUACGGAGUGUAUUACCAUUCGAUUCGAAAUUAUAUAGACAACGGCACCGGUGUUGAGGUAGAUGUCGUGAACAGUUUCGUGACUAGCCAGCGCGAAAGUUUUAUCGGACCCGCGACAGCCUUUUUCAACGAGUUUCUGGGCAUGGUCAUUCUAUCCGUCAUCAUCCUCGCGCUGGGUGACGAUCAAAACGCACCACCAGGCGGAGGCAUGAAUUCCCUCAUCAUUGGCCUAGUAAUUACCUGUCUAAGCAUGUGCUUCGCUUACCAAACGGGCGCAGCAUUCAACCCAAGCCGCGACUUUGGUCCUCGACUAGCACUUCUCGCUUUAGGGUAUGGCAAGCAACUCUUCACGAAUCCCUACUGGUUUUACGGACCGUUUGCAGCGUCCUUGACGGGAAGUUUUAUUGGAGGCUUCCUGUAUGAUUUUAUGAUCUUUACGGGUGGAGAGUCCCCGGUUAAUUAUCCGCUGGAUCGGACGAAGAGGUCUUUGAAGAAGAGUCGAGCUAAGUGGUCGCGUAGGCUUCAUCUAACGCCUAGAGAAGUGAAGGAUAAGAUGGUUCAGUAG